AUGUCCAACCCAUUCAUCCUAGUAACACCCUCAACGCGCGGUCUCUCCCUAGCGCUGACUAGACACUUCCUUAAAACAACAAAGCUACCCGUCUAUGCCACGCAUCGUACUGGUACGGCAGAAGAGCACCAUAAGAACAUCCUAUCCCCACUAUCCGGAAUUGACAGCAACCGACUCAAAGUCCUCCCUCUCGACCUCAGAUCUGAGACGAGGAUCCAAGAUGCAGCGGACGCCCUUAAAGCCGAGCUACCCGACAAGGCGUACCUCCACACAGGGUUCUUCACGGGUGGCAUGCUCUAUCCGGAGAAGAACCCAAAGGAUAUCAACGACGCGAUACUGCAAGAGACUUUCCAGGUCAACGUCCUCUCGCAUUUACUCCUCAUCAAACACUUCUCUCAGUUCCUCCCCGACGCAAAGAUGAACUUAACAGAAAAGAACGGAGGACCGACCAAGUGGGUCCACGUCACUGCACGCGUAGGAAGCAUUUCAGACAACAAAAGGGGAGGAUGGUAUUCCUACCGAGCUUCCAAAGCAGCUUUGAAUCAAGUAAUCAAGACCUUUGACAAUCAGCUUGCUAUGAACAAGACGCCGAGUAUCUGUGUCGGAGUACACCCUGGGACUGUGAAGACGGACUUAUCCAAGGACUUCUGGAGUAGCGUGCCGAAGGAAGAGUUGUUCGAGCCGGAAAACGCGGCAGAACGGCUUGUCGAUGUUGUUGGAAAGUUGACGGAGGAACAUAGAGGAAAGGUAUGGGAUUAUGCAGGCAAGCAGGUUCCGUGCUGGGACUUUCCUCCGAUCAGUAUCCAGACCUUGUUCAAUACUUCCUAG